UAAUCAAUUCAUAAAUGAAAUAUUCAAACAACAAUUAAGUCAAAAGAAAUUAAAUUUCUGAAUAAAUUAUUUAAUUAAAAGUUUAUUAAAAGGCUUUGAGAUUGUAAACAUUUCUCAUUUUGAACAAUUAACUUGAAUGGAUGACAAUUAACUGUUUAAAAUCAGUAACAAUGAACUACUCAAACUGUGAUUUAUCAAUUGUGAUCUUAAUUGUUGGACAAUGUUUAGUUAAUUGUUUCGCUAAUCACUGGUACUUUCCGUUAGAUGGCAAACAAUUAAAUGUUGAUCAAUCAAAUGCUCUGAUUCAAUCAGAACCUGUUCAUAUAACUCAUUUGUGGCAUCAUCAUCGUCAUGAUCAUUAUCAUCAUCAUCAUCACAAUCAUCGUCAUAAAAAUAAUCACAAGCACAAUCACGAUCAUAAACAUGGCCACCAACACCGACACCGAUCAAAAAGUUUACACAAACAUUUACACAAAUCUUCUCAUCGACAUAAACAUUUACACCGGUCAAAAGUACUGACCAAAAGCCGUCACGAUCAUCGACAUAAUCAUCGGCAUAAGGGAGAUACUAAUUAUCAUCAUAUUCACUCCUAUCAUCAAGUUAAUCAUGACAAUCAGAAAUUAAAUCAUCACCGCAAGGAGCAAUUUAAAUUAUCAUCAACACUGGACAGUGACGAUAAAGAUUUUCAAUUGGAUUCAUUUUGGUGAUUAAAUUAACAACUUUCAAAAGACAAACAA